AUGGUGGCCUCUGAAUUCCCUAGAAGACUGUACACCAAGGGGUUUGAGCCAGCCCCGGAUAAAAGCAUCGGCUAUUAUGCUGAUGAUUAUAAGCUGGUCCAUGCACUAAAGUUAGCUCUACAAGAGGAUGAAUGGGAAGAGAUUUACGAGUCACCGUUGGGUGUCUUUUUAAAGUUCCACGACUUGGAUUUUGGUUGGGCUUCUAGGCUGAUCACCGGACUCAACUGCGGGUACGUGGAUGACUUGGCUUUAACUGAUCCUGCGCUUGUCGAUGAUAUGCGUGCAUUUUGGGAGCUAAUGGGGGUCGAUGCCGAGUCGGGCCCAAGCACUACCGAAAUUAUCGAAGCCUGUUCCAACUGCUCAUCAUGGUCUCGGGAUGAUAGGCUGCGGUUGGGUUAUCUUGGGAUCUACGCUGGUUUCAUAGUGGCAACGAGACUUGGCUCAUCCACAAAUGUCAACCAUGCCAGACUAGUGAUGGAUCUCGAAGGUUUUAAGGAGUUUCCAUGGGGAAGAAUUGCUUUUCAGCAUUUGAUCAAGUCUGUUAAGGAGAAAGAUCUCAGCAAAAACAUUCAUAUAGAAGGAUUUGUGCAAGCUCUUCAAGUGUGGGUGUACUAUGCUCUACCGGAUUUUGCUGCUGAAUUUGGCGAACCAUUGCCAAAUGUUACUGAAGAACCUCUUUUGCUGGCUUACAAAGGAUCAAGAGGACGAAAGAACAUCAAAGCCAACAUGCUAAAACAGGCUCGCAUACAGUGUUGCGUGGCUAAGAACUUGGCGGAUAUGUUUCUCGUGUGGGAUGAUGACGAACAGGAUCCAGAUAUUGUCAAGAUUGUCAAUGCACUCCAUGACCCCAAUUUCAAGUUCUCAAAAAACCAUUGGCCUUUGGAAGGUGUUUUGGGUGCACACAUCGUCAAGGCAGAAGCCGGAAAGAAGAGCCUUCCCUCAGAUGAAUCAAGUCGCAAGAGACCCUGCACAGCCUCUGCCUCUGCCGCAUCAUUCGUUGGUGAUGAAGGGGUCGGAGUUGUCGCUACUAUGAAAGCGCACUUCGACCAAUGCUUCAAAAGCUUUUCAACCAAGAUGCUGAAUGGUCUUGGUAGCUGUGAAAAGCAGAUCAAACGCCUCACCGAGAAGGUUGAAUCUGUAGAGCGUGCGGUAGAAGAGUUGACUACAGGGUCGGCGAAGCACACUGAGGAAGAGGUUAAAGACAAUGUAGAGCCAACCCAGCAGCAAGGCACUGGAUCCAAGAAGCAUGAAGGGAUUAGUACCAAAAACCCUCCGCCUAUACGAAAACUUUACAUGCGAACAAGAUCACACAAAAGUAAUUCAGAUAAAUAUGAUGCUCCGAUGAAAGAUAAUGUCAACGUUGGUGCGUGUGAGAGUGUUAACGCCCCCGGGGAUGCAAAAGGAAAGAAGGCUGUCGUGAAGGAAGAAGAGGCCCCAGAGCCUAAUUUUUGUGAAAUUGACCCGAAGACGUGUGAUGUUGACUUUGACGCGGUUGCACUAGCCAAAAAUGCCAAAGCCAGAGAAGCGGCUCAGAUUGUUGCUCGAGCAACUAGUGCCAGACACCGCCAGCUGGCUGCGACACAGAAGAGUCCGUUCUUAGGAAACAGCACCACAAAGGCCAUCAUUCCAUCGUCGGCAUCUCACUCCGGCCGUGUCCGUGGAUAUGAUCCUUUUGAUCAAACCGGUGUCAAGGCGAAGCAUAUCACUCUAAUGAACUUUAUCAAAUCAAACCCUGCCUAUCCAAAACGCCCAAGACACUCUUCGAUCGAGUGGUAUUACAUUCUCCGGACACCGACGAAAUGGCUAGCUGAUACGCACAUGGAAGCUUACAUUAACCUACUCAUGCUGCGAUUAUCCAAGCAUCCGGAGUGGUUUGUAUCCGACCGGAUUUGCUUCCUCAACUCCAUGUUUGCUACUGUUUGGAGGCGUGACUACAAAGAUUUCAAAAACUCUGACCCGAAUGCAGAUGGGUCUGGCAAACUUCUACCGCCUGGAGCAUAUUCGUACUACACUGGCGAAUUACCUAUCUACUGCCAGACUAAGAAGACGUGGGCAUAUGAUGUCGACUAUUUGUACUCCAUGUUGCAAAUUAGGGAGGACCAUUGGGUAGCUAUAUGGGUCUCAUUUGUGUCGAGGCAUAUCACGAUAUGGGAUAGCCAUGCGGGAACCAAAUAUGCAUCUGAUGAACAAAUUGCCGAAGCUGUAGAGCCUCUUGCGGUUAUGAUACCCUACCUUCUUCAGACCUGUGCACCUGACGAUGACAAGUGGAGAUUCCCCUACACGCCGUUCACCCAUUCGCGAGUACCAGGUACGGAGAUACCUUAA